UUUAUUUUAUCAACCCUAGAAAUUUCACUGGAUUCAUAAACGAUGACGUAUCUUCUUCCAAUUUCCAGGCUCUGUCCCCGUCUCAAAUUCACAAAUCGGCUCACAAAAUCCCCCCUUGGCUCUAUUAUUCCCAUUGGAACAAUUCGAGCUUCGUCUACAAAAAUGGCUACCGAGUCAUCCACACUCACCCAUACCAUCCACCUCCCGCGUCAACCCGACCAACCAGUCGCCAUCGUCGCCGCGGCUGGUGUGUCCGGCUCCGAUUUCAGAAAUGCCAUCGAAUCCUCGUUGUUUAAACAAUGGUUGAAGAACAUACAAACAGAAACAGGCAUGCUGGCUAAUGGAGCCAUGUCUUUAAGCCAAGUACUUAUUCAGGGUGUAGAUAUGUUUGGCAAGCGUGUUGGGUUUCUCAAAUUCAAAGCAGAUGUGGUCGAUAAGGAAACAGGGCAAAAGGUUCCAGGUAUUGUUUUUGCUCGAGGACCAGCUGUUGCGGUGCUAAUCCUUUUGGACUCUAAUGGAGAGACCUAUGCUGUUCUCACAGAACAGGUUAGGAUUCCUGUUGGGAAGCUUAUUUUGGAAUUGCCAGCUGGAAUGUUGGACAAUGACAAGGGUGAUAUAGUUGGAACAGCCGUUCAAGAGGUUGAAGAGGAGACUGGCAUACACUUGAAUCUAGAUGAUGUGAUUGACCUUACUGCCUUUCUGGACCCAUCAACUGGAUGCAAAGUUUUUCCUUCUCCGGGUGGGUGCGAUGAGGAUAUUAGUUUGUUUCUGUACAGAAAUGAAGUCGAUAAAGGUAUCAUCCAACAGCUACAAGGAAAACAAACAGGUCUUCGAGAACGCGGUGAGUUUAUCAAGGUUCAUGUAGUUCCCUACGAAAAUCUCUGGCGUAUGACAGCCGAUGCAAAAGCACUGAUGGCUAUUGCUCUUUAUGAAAUGGCCAAGAGAGAUGGACUCCUCCCUCUGUAAGAUUAAUAUGCUAUCGUCUUUACAUUAUUCUGUUUCCCGGUUAUAUUUUCUCACUACAUAGAAAGCUAGUUUUGUCUUACCACGAAUGAUGUGCGACAGCUUCCAUUGAAAUUAUGUUUCGGGGAAGUAUUGGCGAUGGAAGAAUUUAAUCUAUACUUCACUUUGUCCAAAAUGCACUGGAUUUACUCCUUAUUUGUCUC